GCCGGAUGGUCAACCUCAAGCUUCUCAAAAAGUAUGCUGGCCAGCAACAACCCGAUAAGCUCCCAGCUCAUCAUUUCAACAGCAGGUAGAUCUCGAGGGGCAGUGGGGCCAUACUGGGUGUCGUGGUAGGUGUGAGGUCCUCAGAUGUCAGAAUGUAUCUUGGAGGGGUAUACUUGACUUCAACAAAGGCCUCAGACCGAUAUGCCCCAGGAAGCUUAUCUCUCAACCAAGGCCAGCUACCCAUCACGGUAGGAGCAAUCCUAUGAAGCGGAACGAGAUGGGACCGAAAGAGCGGUGCGUGCCGCGGCUGGCAAAUCGUUGUGACGAGAGAGGUAUUCGUAACUGAGUCCGUAUGGCCCACCGGGCUGUAAGACACCGAACGUAAAGUCGAGAACCCGUUUGCAUGGCCAAACAGUGAAAUACCGGGUGGGGCUUACGCGCUUCGAUCGACAUGGGGUGUGGGGUGUUGGAAACAGUCGGCAUCGGCUCCGACACCGUCAAACUGAAGAGGAAACGGGGUUGUCCAAGCGGCCCGUUCUACGGGAGCACCCCGCCCAUGGAAGAGCUGUUGAAUCCCAGGUGCGGGGGAAUUUGCACCCCGAGCUUCGGCCACUAACGGCACCGAGUGCGUGAUGCUUAGCAAGCUCCAUUUGUCACCCGGAUGGUGUUCUCGAUAGCGCCAUAUGACGAAAUCCGUUCCCUUUUGUCAGCAACCAGGACUUUUGCGCCAAUUCGAAUGACUUCAAAAAGUGGUUUGGGCGCCUUGAACCAAGAAUCGGCAAAAUCACCAACGUCUCCACCUCUCAAAACCCUACUUUGACGACGAGCCCCUGAUACCGGCAGCCAGCAGCAAGACAACAAUCACAGAAUAUAUACAAAAUGGGUUCUACCGACGCCAAGCUCAUCCUGUACACCAACCACAGAUGCCCAUGGGCACACCGGGCUCACAUCAUCUUGGAGGAGCUCAAGGUUCCCUUUGAAGAAGUCAUCAUCGACCUUGACACCCCUCGCACACCAGAGUACUUGAAGAUCAACCCGAGAGGCCUGGUCCCUGCACUCUCUUACAACGGCGAGAUCAUCAUCGAGUCUGCCAUUGUCGCGAACUUCCUGGCGGACGCCUACCCAUCUCAUCUCCUGCCGCCCUCCAACACACCCGAGGGUGCGCUGCGCCGUGCACGUGUUGCAUUAUUUGUAGACGCCUUCAUCUCUAAGUUCAACAGCCAGCUGUUUGCCCUCUACACGGCGGAGGGCGAGGCUGCGAGAGCCGAGAUCGCAGACAAGGCCGUCGCCGCCCUUGUGAAGGAAGUUGAGCCGUUGCUUGCAGACGCCAGCCCUUAUUUCGGUGGCAGUGACAAGCUCACACAGGCUGAGGUUUUGACUGGGUCAUUUGUCAUCCGUCACAAGAGCUUGUCCAAGACGGAUCUCUACCCCUCCAACCUGUGGCCAUCGAUUGUCGAGAAGGCUCCCAACUUUGCCAAAUGGGCCGAAGUUGUCGCUGUACACCCGAGCGUAACUUCCAUCUUUAAGGAGCAAGAGAUCAUUGACGGGACCCGGGCCAGGAUUGCGAAGCUCAAAGCUCAGAAGCAACAGUAA